AUGCCUGCAACCAGUACCGUUGAUGCUCCCCCGUGUCAGCCGAGCGCAGAGGUCGGCCUUGCUUCCUGGUGGGGAAGCUGGCUUGAGGUUGAUGCGGCUUGCCGACCUGAUCCUCACGAAGGACGACGGCGGGCCUCAGUGCCAGAGAUUGGGCGAUCCCUGAUAGCGUCAACUUCCCGAGCAUCGCUUCGCACGUCUCGAAGAGCCAGUACGUCAACUGCCACAGUCUGUCGAUUCCGUCCAGACUCUCAUGGCAACGUGGCGAAUAUCGCUCACGUCCAGGAUGGCAGAUCCCUUCAUGCCUGGCUAUGCCCUCGACCUCUUGAGGUUCAGCCGCCAGACAUGAAGCGGCUAUCUGCGCCUGUGGCCACUACAUGUCCGGCGAAGCCGGCGCUAAAACGAGCAUCAGUCGCUCUUCCUGUGGAUGCGGAAUUUCGCCGGAACCGCAGAGUCUCCUUCACCGAGACUCCUGAAACUCGAGACGUCAGUCCUGUCUCCAGAUCGCACGGUGAGGGAACCAAGACGGAGACCUCGCAGCAUGUGGAGCCUGGUAUCCAGCCAGCAGACGAAGCCUUCGCUGCCUUCAGAGUGAGACCGGUUUUUGAGCAGGCCGAGACAGAGCUACCAUUGAGCUUGAGAGAACACGAGCCACGGCUAACGAGGUAUCACUCGCUGGGACAUCAUCACCAUCCUUCUGUGACUGCAGCUGCAUUGCGUGCACCCACCCUUGUAGAUCCUGAAGCCUUACCUUCGUAUCCAAUGUCCGACAGCAGCACAACAUAUGCAGCGACAAGAGCGCGGUUGAGCGACGUGCAAGGUCAGGGAGCCGUCAGGAAAGUUCCGCAUUUCAGGAUUCGCAUUCGCAAAGUCUAUACCAGGGCGAAAGUGCUUCAUCCACAUCCGCACCUGCAUCACAUGCAUAAUGGACCAUUGGUGCUGCCCAGCGAUGGGCCUAUUAUUGCCAGCACUUCGUCACCAGUGAUUCUUCACAUGAGAGUGCCGGAUGUUGCCACAGAUGUUGCACCACUUCCUGUGCCGCUUGAGACACCAACUACCCCACUAACGGCUGCCGCACUACAGCGUCAUGAGGCGCUCAUGCAGCAGCCGCAAGUGGCUGAUCACUCUGAUGCAAUGGCGCAAGCUGGGGUUCCUGCCAGUCUAUCACUGGGUAUGAGUAUGCAUCAGGGCGCAAUCUUUGGCGUGGUGUCCACAAUUGCUGUGGAGACGAUGCAGCUGAGCAUGGCGCAGAAGCGAGGCUCAGCGGCUGAGCAGACAGCUACGUUGGCAUCUGCAGCUGCUCGUGGAGCCGUGGUCGGAGCAGCAGGAGGAGGCAUGGCUCUGAUGUUGGGUCCAGUUGCACCUACGGCGAUUUUUGUGGGCUACGGAUUGAUGCGAGAAUGGUCAGCUCAGGGCUACGCCUGGCUUCACAACGAGAUCACUGGGCCCAUGGCCCUCAGUCGUGCUGUGGAAGUCUCGGGUAGUGCAGCUGGGGGUGUCGCAUGUGCCAUGGCAGUUGCCAGCAUGCUUACUGGCUUUAGCGGCAUAGUGGUCGCCGCAGCUGCCGGGUGCAGUGGCUUUGCUGGCAGCUUGGGUGGCCGUGAGGUGGCCGCCAUCUGCUUUCAGCAGCUCUCUGACAAUGCGGCAAGUGCACCAUUGCACAUGCGCAAGAGCAAGAGCCGCUGCAGUAGCAAUGGCAGUUCUAAAAGCUCGCGACGCCGAGCUUCUCGCCAAUCGCACCAGCCCCAGCUUUUGGAGGCAUACUCCAUUUUGGGCGUGGACCCACAGUGCUCGAAUGCUGACCUGAAGAAGGCUUAUCGGCAAGCUGUUGUUCGUAGCCAUGAGCAGACUGCGCACUGUGACAACUCACAGGCUAGACUCCAGAGCGUGCUGCGAGCCAUAGAACACAUUCGAUCCACACGGCAAACGCCUUUGCAAUUGGAUUGGGAAGCAGAUGGGGACGCACACCGCCUUUUCCUUGGCUUUAUCGGUGGCAUGGCUGCUCAAUCCCCUAGCAGCGCAGUUGCUUUGUAG